AUGUCGGGCUAUGCGGACAUCGAAGAUGGCCUCCCCAAGUGCCAGAGCAAGGAGUCUAUGGCCAGUCGGGCGAGCCGCUCUUGCAGCAAGUGCUCAGCCCCUGCCGGCGGAGUGGCGGUCUUCGACACUCCAAGCUUCGUGCAGGGCGCGGCGCGCAGCAGCCCCUUCGUGGACCCGGUGCAGACGUCCGUCUUUGAGCUCUUGAAGAUUGGCAUCGGCCCCUCCAGCAGCCACACGGUGGGGCCCAUGCUCGCUUGCCGGAACUUUGCCAAGCGCCUGGCGCGGCAGCAGCUGCUGGGCUCCGUGCGCUGCGUCACGGUGGAGCUCCGCGGAUCGCUGGCGCUGACCGGCAUCGGCCACGGGACCCACAAGGCUUGCGUGCUGGGUUUGCACGGCAUCGCGCCGGCGGAGGUGGAUCCAGCUCCCAGGUUCUCCUGGGAGCCCGUUCUCUGA